AUGUCGAAAAUCUCAAACCUAGACUAUGUUGCCCUUAAUCUCUCUGGAGACAACUAUUUGCAAUGGGCACUUGACACAAAGAUUAACUUUAGGUCAAAGGAACUCGGUGAUGCUAUCAUCGAGGGCAACAAUGAGACUGAUAAGAAUCGGUACAGGGCUAUAAGUAUUAUACGCCACCAUCUCAUUGAGGGUCUAAAAGAUCAGUACCUCAUCAUGGAGAAUCCACUAGACCUUUGGACCGCUUUACAGCGACGUGAGAUGAGACCCAUCGGAACAACAUCAUUACCAGAAGCCAAUGAGGCUGAAAAGAAAGAUCCCAAAGAGUGCAACCACGUCCAUGAUGAUAAGAGAUCACACGGCAAAGGCCGUAGUAGAUACAAAGGACAUGGCCGUGACAACUACUCAUAUGGCCGGCAAGGAAACCACAAUAACCGUGGUCGUGGUUCCAGCUAUGGCCGUGGCCGAGGCAGUUAUGGAAGUGGUCAAGGCGGCAUAUCCAAACCGUCUAACUCGACCAAAUUAGCUUGUCACAGAUGCGGGAUGAGUAACCAUUGGGCCAAGAAUUGUGGAACCCCUAAACAUCUAUGUGAGCUCUAUCAAGAGAGCCUUAAGAACAAGAACCCGGAAGCCCAUAUGGUUCAUGAUACCGGGUAUGAUGCUGAUGAUGAUUCCGACCUUGAAAAGGACGACCUCUUGGAUUUUGAGACUUCUGAUUGUCUCAAAGACUAA